CCCCAUAGGCCACCCCCCGCGUCCGUGUGUUGGGUUUGUUGUAGACGCUACCUCUUGGUGUUUUAUGGAGUUUUCCCGUUUUACCCUUUUCCUUUUUUUUAUUUGUCUCUUUUCUCUCAUUUGCCCGACCCGGAAAAUUGCAACUAUCCCACCCUCCUUCCUUACCCCAUCCUCUCGCCCCCCCUUCUUCUCGCACAUGCUCUCUUUUCCCUCUCCCCUCCAAAACGUGCCCGUCUUUUUUCAACUUCAACAUCACCAACUCGGCUCUCCGCGCCCAUAACCUCCGAUUUACAUUUAUCAUUUUCGACCCUUGCGCCGGCCUUGUUCAUCACCAAAGUUGCAUCGCUUUGUGCAUCCGUCAUUUCUCCUUCAUUUUCUCGUUUUCAAACGCUUCCAACUUGCACUGCCGCUUCCGUACUGCCGCUGCAAAUCACCGCAUUCCGCCCAAUUGCCGCUCUGUUUUCGCGUCGUGCUGGCCUCCGCACCGUGAAGCUAUUCGCAACUGUCGGCUGCCCCACUUCUCAUCGGCCAGCCUGACCACUCACAUCACGCGCUUUGAGCGGUCGCUUCUGCAAGGCACUCUUUUGCUUCAUCCGAUCGAGUCCCUAUCUCUACGCUUUUGAGCGGCAGGAGGCUUGUAUCAUUUGGGCCACUUAUCAACGACAAAAAACACUGACCAUUUAUUUUCGAUUAAUUUUUCCCCACCUUUCCUCUUUUUUUGUCGUCUUUGUUGGGAUCUUAAUGUAUUACAACUAAGACGCCUGGCCCCCCUUUGCUCAAUUACCCAAUCUGUUGGACACUCAGCCGCUAAGUCGCGUUGCGCACACUCUAUUCUCGCGCCCCACGACCACGUCGUUAAUUCACCACCAUUGUCAACCAACACGAAUCAACACCAGCGCCAGCUGCCUGCCGUAUUAUUUACGACGUUGAUGUUGUCGCAACAAAAGACGAAAUAAUAAUUUAAUACACACACAAAAAUGGACGAGAUUGUCGUCAGCAGCGAGCAGCGCCGGCCGCGACAAACAGCUUUCCAGCAAUACAAGCCCCCAGGUGCUCCGGCCAAGCCAGAGACGACGACGACAACAACAGUAGUCACCACAAACGGCCCAAGAGGGCAGCAGGAGAAGCGCUAUGAAUUUAUUGACGGCGAAUGGGUCCAGCUGACUGCUGCUGGCUUGCCGAGGAAGAAGCCCGGCCGCAAACCCGGCACAAUUAUGAAGCCCAAGACCGACGCUGACCAGGCUCCCAAAACUCGAAGACCGAGGAAGUCGCGAGAUGCAGAGGCCGUCACACCUGUUUCGCGUAAGCGCAAAGGUGCCCCGACUGAUGAAGUCGACGUUGAGUCUGACGCCAACACAACACAAGUGUCCACGCCAGUCCAACGGCCAGCAGACCCUCCAGCCAAACCUGGGUUCCCGACGAACCCCCCCGUCGAACACCGUCCCUCACCGAAGAUGGCAAAGCGUGAUGGACUUCCAAGCUCAAUGCAAAAUCUUCUCAAUGACGACCCACCACCUCAAGCAUCGCCGUCCAGCUCCAACUCUAUCCCUGUUCGCACUGGUGGUCAGAGUUACGAUCCCAUCCGCGGCAGCUACAGAGAUUCGCCUUCCACCAAUGCGGUAUCCGUCACGGGGUCCCCGCGCGCUCCUGCACACAAUUCACCCUCCAUUGCUAGCUUAAUUGAGCCCCAAGCUUCGCCGAGUAACAGCACAUACCAGUCGAGGCUCGCUGUGCCCGAGUCCCCUUCGAAGGUUGUUGCAAAGCCCGAGGAAAAGCCUAUUCAGAAGCCUGUUAUUGAUAAAUCCAACUUUACUACCAUCGCAAACGGACCGAUCCACAAACCCUCACCGAACACCAAAGGAGUUACUGGUGUUUCGACACCCAGGACGGACUUGGAGGAUCUUGGUGAGCUAGACGGUCGGUCUAUUCUGGAUUUUGGUAAAGCCAAGCCUGGCGAAGAACAGCAGUUCCCCGCUAUUGUGCUCAGCAUUCCUAUUGUGGCUGGAGAAACGAACAAGUACGUCAACUUUAUGCGUCUAGCCGAGGAUCGUUUUGGAUGGGAUGCCUUGCACCCUCGACAGGCUGCCAACAGAGACCGCAAGGCCCGUAUUGCCGCCGCCACUGCCUCCCUCGAGAAGGUAGAAGCCGGUCGGGAGUCUGGCGACGAAAUGUCGCUGGAUAUGUCUGAUGGUGAAGGCAGCAAUGCUGAAAACGGAGGCACCAGCGGCAUGGAUGCGCAAGCUAAGCCGAAGAAGAAGCGAAACUUCAAAGAGGACCAGUAUGAUGUUGACGACGACUUUGUCGAUGAUUCCGAGCUUCUAUGGGAGGCGCAGGCUGCUGCCAGUCGAGACGGCUUCUUUGUAUAUUCUGGCCCACUAGUCCCCGAGGUUGAGAAACCACCACCUGGCUCCGAAGGACCACCUCGACGUGGCCGUGGUCGCGGCAGCAGAGGCGGACGAGGAACAACUCGCGGAACCCGUGGAGGCACCGGCUCUCGUGGUGGUGGCCCUGGAUCUCGCGGUGGUCCUGGUUCUCGCGGCGGCCCUGGCUCUCGUGGCGGACAAAUCACCCGUCGUCCUCGCAUCACUAAGGCUGAGCGUCUCGCUAGAGACCAAGAGAGGGCCGAGAAGGCCGAGGGCACUGCCAAGGUUGAGCAUGAUUCAACCCCUGCUGCCAACUUUGUGACGCCAGCGCCAGUUCUCCAACUUGGUGUAUAGUAGCAGCACGUGGUUGUGCAUUUUCCCUUUUGUCUAUUCUCAUGUUUGUUUGGUUGCUUGACGAAUUGGUGUACGGGGACAAUUCGGUGACAUAUUCAUGGACGGCGUUUACUUGUACUGUACGAUACAAACUUUGUGUUUCUCUUUGCUUUUUAUCUUCUGUCGGUGGCGUCGGGUAGAACUUCUUUUUUGUUUUUUCUUGUUUUGGGUGUAGACGAGGUCUAAUUGUCUCUCUUGUUGUUCCUAUCUUGCUCACUUUUUUCUGCGCUUCCGAGCGCAACGUCGACUCGGACUAAAUAACACCAAUCUAGAAUAUACCAUAUACUAUUCUCAUGUCCCCUCUACGCAAUGCUAAACUCGGGAAUCUCGCCCAUUUCACUCUUUUGCUCCUCGCCCACCUUGUAGGCAGCUCGCCAUCGGAUCUUCACCGAACCAACCUUGGCAGACUUGUCUGUAGCUGAGAAGACUUGGACGCUCUGCGACACGCCGCGCGAUUGCUUGGGUGUAAGAGAGCGGCCAGUCUGGGGCUGUAGUACCAACUCAUAACCCUAAAUAUUUGUUAGAUAUUGAUGUGCCUAUCUAUCAAUGAAAUCAUUGCUAAACAUACCUUUGUAACGGCGAGCUGGAAGUGUAGCUCAGAGAUGGGCUGUGCCGUGUUAUUCGUGAAUUGGAAGAAGCACGCAAUGGCAGCAGGAGUGGCGGGGUUGCGGUUAGCAAGGAAUUCGGUGCGGAGAGAUGUAUCGUUGACGAUCGCUCUAUGCUCGCGGGGAAGAUCCACAUUCUCUACUGGCAGAGCAGAGCUAAAGUUCCAUUCAUCGUCGUCGGCCGCCUUGGGAGGUUGGGCGGGUUUGGAGGGCAUCGCGGCGCCUAGCGCAGCAAAUGGAUCAGACGCAGGAGCGGGGGCGGGAGCAACGGCAGCUUGCGAUGGCUGAGGAGUCGUUGACUGCGGUGGUGUAGAGAAGGAGGAAAAGCUGGAGAAGCCAGGGAGAGAAGGCUUGGCGGAGUUUUCUUGUGUGAGUGACGACAAAAGCGCAGGGCCAGGGAUAUCUAAGAGGCAUGUUAGUAGAAGCAUAGAGGGCGUUGCUUGUGUUGGACUUACUCUGGUUGGCGCCAAAGCCGAGAGUGAGGACACCGCCCUGUCCGUAGGUCGAGUUGUCGAGGUCGAGGCCGAGGAGAUCGUUCUCCAGACCGCCAGCUGAUUGGGAGGAUGAUGCUUGGGCACCUGGAGCUCCGUUCGAGUCGCCAUCUAGGUCAAUGAGGGAGAGCUCGCCAGCAGCGGAGGAUGAUGCCGCAGGACGAGGUGCUCCAGAGGCGACCUUGGCGGCGCCUUCCAUAUCGCCCUUCUUCAUCAACUUGUAGCGCUCAACGGUGCGGUGUAUACUGUCGUUGAUGUCGAGGAGCUUGGCCACAGCCUCGUGGUCAUCCGACUCCUCCUCGCACAUCUUUUGGAUUUUAGGUUGAGCGCUUUGAAGCGAAGAGGCAAGCUCGCUGAAGACGUCGCCGUCAUGCAUCUUGUCACCAGGCUGGAAGGCCUCCAGACGCUCCUCAAGCAGUCUGGCCUUUGCCUGGAUUUUGGAAACCUCCUCGGCAGCUUUGGCUCGGUAGUCUGUCUUGGAUCGGGUAUCGUAACCUGCCAUAACCUUCAUGAGCAGAUUGGCUUCACGAAGGUCGCCGGGUGUGCCGCGACGGAUGAGCUCUUGGAGCUUGGCGGACUGUGCCUCACGUUCUUCCUCCUCCAUUUCCUCGGCCGAUUUGAGAUUUUCGCUCGGGUUGAGGACAGCCGCAUCCUCGCGUCGCACCUCGGGGAACAUGUAUCCUUUAUAGCUGAGCAAUCUAUGCAUAUCGCGAAUGAAGCCGAGAUCAUCCUUGUAUCUGGAGGUUUCGCAAAUAGUAAGGCGCCACUCCUCGAUUAACUCCAAGAUUCUAGCUUGGGUGCGGGUCGCUCGGAUGGGCGGUCUUUCAGGGAACCGUCGGACAAGCUCGUUGAGAAACUCCUUGGUGCUGAUUUGAAGGUGGAAGGCGUAUCCGCAGUUCUUGACGCAAAUAUCGAGCAGCGUGAGAGCCAACAUGGCAACAUUCGGGUUGCGGUGGUUGAUCAGGUUGACUAUGGCAGUGGCAGCCUCGCGAGGAGCGCUGCCCUUCUUGUUAUUGAUGAGGUCGGAGAUUUCAAGGUUCAGCGCAAGAUUCGGUUCGUAAUUGUCCGGACUGCAUGCGGAUUGAAUGUAUCGUUGGAGCUGUGAGGGGGUUCUUCCGCCAAACUCGCCCCAGCGGUCGCGGGCAGCGGCCGCUCGGGCCGAAGCAGCUUCCAUUGCGAAUACUCAAAGUAUAGUGGGUGUAAUAUUGGCGAAUGAGCUUUAUUGGUUCGGGCUGUGGCUUAUCGAGUCGUAGCACACAAGAUACAGGCGGCGCCAACUUUGAUUAGGACGCAAGGCUAUGACGUUGGAUAAACAGCUGGCGGGUGGCGAAGAGCAAGAAGCGUCGAGGGUACUUUUGGCGGGGUUCAAUGCAAAAUAAUGUCCAUGGCAUACAAACACAACAACUCAAAGGGAGGAAGAAGACGCCGAUAUGCUUCGCCGACGAUGCAGAGAAACGUGACGAAUCGAUGCUGU